UGUAUUCACAACCAUUAUCAAAUACAAAUAAAAUUUACAACGGUGAACGGCCAACAAAAGUGAUCAAUAUUGCGCAGCCAAAUAAUGAACAAAGAGAGGCGGAAUAUCCAUUAUCGCUUUUUUCUUCAUAAAAUUACUUGGAUAUGUACUCUUGGUGGACUUUUAUUUGGCUAUGAUACAGGAGUAAUUAAUGGGGCUCUGCCUUAUAUGAGAAAUGAUUUGAAACUUAGUGAUGUUAAAAUUGGAAUUGUGACAAGUUCUUUAUUAAUUGGUGCUACUUUUGGGUCUUUUAUUGGCGGGCAUUUAGCAGAUUGGAUUGGAAGGAGGAAAACUCUAAUUGUUUUAAGUAUUAUUUUUAUUAUUGGAACUAUUGGAUGUUCUUUGUCUAAUCUUAAUUUCCUUAUUUUCUUUCGAUUCAUUCUUGGUUUAGCUGUUGGUGGUGCAUCAACUACAGUCCCGGUAUUUCUUGCUGAAUUAUCUCCAGCAAAAUUAAGAGGGCAAGUAGUUACUCGAAAUGAAUUAAUGAUUGUUAGUGGACAAUUAGUUGCUUAUAUUUGUAAUGCAAUACUUGGAAAUAUUUGGGGACAUCGAUUAGAUAUUUGGCGUUGGAUGUUAGCUUUGGCAGUUAUUCCAGCAAUUUGUUUAUUAAUUGGAAUUUUGUUUGGAGGUAUUCCGGAAAGUCCGAGAUGGCUUUGCAAUAAAGGGAAAGAUGAACUUGCAAUUUCUGUCCUCAAAAAGAUAAGAAGAAACGAACAAGAAGUUUAUGAUGAAGUUGAGGAUGUUAGGCAAACAAUGGAACAAGAACAAAAUAAAACUUUUAGUAAUUGCCUCUAUGAACGUUGGCUUCGUCGUUGUUUAUUUAUUGGCAUUGGUGUUGCCAUGUGCAAUCAACUAGCAGGAGUAAAUUCAAUUAUGUAUUUUGGGACGGAUAUAUUGACAAGGAGUGGAUUGGACAAUAAUGCAGCUCUAGUUGCCAACAUUGCUAAUGGGGUAAUCUCUGUAUUAGCUACGUGUUUGGGAAUUUGGCUUCUUGGCCGUAUAGGUCGACGCCCAAUGCUCUUAACUGGCCAAAUUGGCACAAUAGUUAUGCAUCUAUUUAUAGGCACAACUGCUCUACUUUUUAAAGAAGGAACAAUACGUGGUUAUGUUGUUUUAUCAUUAACUGUUACUUUUCUUCUCUUCCAACAAGGAGGUAUUUCCCCAGUUACAUGGCUAGUUCAAUCAGAAAUGUUUCCACUUAAAAUAAGGGGAUUGGCAAUGGGUUUAACUACUUCAAUUCUUUGGCUUAUUAAUUGCUUAAUUUCUUUUUUAUUUCCUGUUCUUGUUGGAUUAAUUAAUGUUUGGGGAACUUCUUAUUUAUUUGUCAUUAUUGGAGUUUCUGCUGCUGUUUUUGUUUGGUUUUUUAUGCCUGAAACUAGAUUAAAAUCAUUGGAGGAAUUAGAAAGACAAUUUCGAGCUGAAAAUUUAAAAGAAUUAAGAAGUCCAGCAAAGAAUAAUAAUUUUGGAAUAACCUCUAAUAAUAUUAGACAAAAUACCUAA